AUUGGAUUUCGGCGUGUCGCUCAGAGCGAGUGGGCGGGUUUCCGGGACCGGGCCGCAAUUGGUUUCGGAGCUCGGGCAACGAGUCGGGACCGGUGUGUAGAGAGGCCUAGUUGGUCCUUGUGGUGGUGAUUUGGAGCCAGCCUCCUCCUGACUUUAUAGUCGAGGCAGUUUAUUGUUGAAAACUCUUGGUUCUUGUUGUUCGUUCGGUGGAAGCGGAGCCGUCAUGGCAACGGAUCUGGUGAACGAGCUGGAGAGUCGCUUCUUCCCCGAAAACCUGCUGAACAGUGAGGCCUGGGAUGCCUGUCUGUAUGACUGUGAAACAAUGGAGGAGAUGGAUGAUUCUACUGAUCUCUUUCGCUGCUUUGAUAACGUCACUGAGUUCAACACAAGUUUGGAUUUGGAUUUGGAUUUGAAUUUGAAUAUGGACAUUGAAACAUCAGACUUACCUUGGAGUCAGAUCAAUGGAGACAUUUAUUCAGACCUGCGAGUGAAGUUGGAACCACUUUCACCGGGAUCCUCACGCUGCUCAGAUUCUUCACUUGCUUCCUCGUGUGACAUGCCCCUUUUUCCUCAGCCUCAUCAGACUGUAAACACGGAACCAACUCUUCCGGUUGUGAAAACUGAGGAUCCUCCUACACCACCCUGUGUAUUUGGGGAUGUUCUCAACCCACCACUGAACACUGUCCAGCUCAGUGUGGUGAAAAAGGAAAAUGGGACCUCGCCAGUCAAACAAGGACCAGCAAUUCAAACUACUGCAAAGGCCAAUAGCAUCAUGUGCAACAAGCCAAACAUCCAGCCAAAACCAGUUGUUGUGACAACACUGACCACUGCUCCAACCACCAGCCCAGCAAAAACCAUCAUUCUUCAAUCUGUACAGACCAGCUUGCCCGUGUCUCAGCAACAGAGUCUGCCGUUAAAGCAAACCAUUCCAGCUCCUGCUUCUGUGACCCUGGAUCCGAACACAGCGAAUCCUUGGCUCGUUCUGUCUGAGGACCGGACCAGUGUGAGGCUCGGCGGAAUUCGAAAGCAGCUCCCUGACUCCCCGACGCGUUUUGAUCAGUACGCCUGCGUCUUGGGAGCGGAGGGAUUCACUUCGGGGAAGCAUUAUUGGGAAGUGAGGGUUGGCAAUAAAACAGAGUGGCGUUUGGGAGUGGCCCAAGAAUCUAUCAACAGGAAAGGGGAAUUCAACCUAAGAUCUGAUUCUGGCUGCUGGCUCGUGUGGUUGAAACCAAGGAAAGGAUACGUCGCCGGUACCUCUCCCUCUGAGACCAGCCUCACGACAAUUGUGAAACCCCGGAACAUCGGGGUUUACCUGGACUAUGAGGGUGGACAGGUGUCAUUUUACAAUGCGGACACCAUGUCCCCCCUCCACACUUUCACCCACACUUUCACUGAGAGGGUCUUUCCCAUCUUCUUUCCGGGUCUGAAUGUCGACUGCAAAAACGCAGCACCACUGAUAAUCUGCGGUGUCAGAGAUCACUAGAAAGGCCGCCUCAUAAUUUUACACACCAUGUCACCAUGUCCUACAGGGGUCAUCGGCCUCAAAGAUAAGUGGGGCAUUUGGACCAAUUGUCACCUGAGGUUGUUGCAGUCACCAAUAUUUUACAAUUGGUGAUAUUUAUAUUCUUAGUCAGUAUCAUGAAAGAAAGUUAUAGCAACUGCACCAAAGAUGCAGUUAAUUUCAAAACUAAUUUGAAAAUCUCAAAAGCAUUGUCAAUCAAUGAGGGCAGAAACAACGGUGAAUCGCAACUCAGCAAAAAAGAAACAUUAAUGAAACACGAUAAUUAAAGUUUAAGAGUGCUAGGAAGAGCUAUUAGGUUGUGAGAGAACACAAGGGGGCGUUGAUGACAAAGGAAACUCAUUAUGUCGCCGCAGUUUUAUAAUAUCCCAUGAAAGUGAAGAGGAGAAGGGGAACCACGUAGAAAUUAAAUUACAAGGAAGUAGACGGGAUUAUUGGCGAUAAGUCAAAACCCAGAUGUUGAAAAUUAACAGAAAGCUCAUACCUGUGGAGAGUUUGGACAAAGAUUGUGUAAAAAUAUUUUAUUUUUAAUACGUAGAUGAAUGUGCUGUGCCCUGGCUCUGACUCGUACAACGACCCUGUGAAUGUAAAUAUUAAACAGGAGUGUUCCAUCGCUCAAGAUUUUAAA